CCAGUUCUGUCUACUGAUCAACAUCAUUAGGAGUCCUCGACAUUCAAGUUCAACUAUUAUAGUAUCUUUAUCACCAAUAAAGACGAUUCCUGACGGGGUUGAGUCAAGUGAUUCAAGACAUCGGUGGAGGAUGAAGUUUACAAAUGUUCUUCUUGUAAUUGUUUGUUGCAAUGGGAAACUCUCCACUUCGUUCGGGGGGGAGCCUUCAAUUUCCAGCCUGACCAAGUACUCCAAGGAUGAGGAUUCAUACCAUAAGGAUCUUCCACCUACAAGGUCUAAAACUGACCACCACUCAGAAUGUGCUCCCCGUCAUGAAACAACUACUUACCCGCUACAUUCAAAUGACCUUGUUGAUCACAUGAUACAUGACAUUCGAUCAUUAAUCAAACGGGCAGGAGACGACCUAGCCAACCCGAGGGAAUAUCCUGCUCAUUACAGCGCGAAAGACGGAGAGGAAUUCGAUUUUAUCGUAGUAGGCGCGGGAUCUGCCGGGUCUGUCGUGGCCAACAGACUGGCGGAAGUUGAAGGUUGGAAGGUGCUGCUGGUAGAGGCUGGUGGAAAUCCUACAAAAACCUCUGAAGUUCCUGGAUUAUUUGGUGCUCUGCAAAACACCGGCAUAGAUUGGCAAUACCGAGCCGGACAAGAAGAAAAUCUUUUCUAUGGUUACAUAAACAACAGUUGUUCUUGGACAAGUGGAAAAGUUUUAGGUGGUUCCAGCACGAUCAACUACAUGAACUAUGUUCGAGGAAAUCCCAGGGAUUACGAUUCGUGGGCAUCUGCUGGAAACGAAGGCUGGAGUUAUGAAAACGUCCUGCCUUACUUCAGAAAAUCCGAAGAUUUACGAGCUCCGGAAGUAUUAGUCACCGAAGAUGUAGACAAGUAUCAUGGAACGGGAGGUUUCCUACAGGUAGAAUCAUGGAUCGACGCUGAUAAUAGUCUACAUGGAUUCAUGGAGGUUUUCAAGAAAGCAAUGGAGGAUAUGGAGCAUCCAUUCAACCCAGAUUGUAACGGCAAAUCUCAAUCAGGAUUUACAAAACUACAAGCAACUCUGAGAGACGGCAAGCGAUGUAGUACAGCUAAGGCUUUUCUAUCCUCCACCAAAGACAGAAAUAAUCUAAAAGUGACCAAAUACUCACUUGUGACCAAAAUACUCAUCGAUAAGGAGUCUUCCACUGCUUACGGAGUAGAAUUUAUAAAUAAUGAAGGCGAAGUUAUCCAAGUAAGAGCUAAAAAGGAAGUGAUACUGUCCGCAGGAUCCAUCCACUCUCCUCAGUUAUUGAUGCUCUCUGGAGUAGGACCAAGGCAGCAUUUGUCUGAUCUAGGUCUGCCUGUUAUACAGGAUUUGCCCGUCGGUAAGAAUCUUCAAGAUCAUCCUUUGAUGUUAGGUCUUGUACUGACAUUCAACUACUCAACUUCAACAUUUCUAAAAUCGCCUGUUGUGAGUAUGCUAGACUUCCUUAUGAACCGUUCAAGCACUUUAGCAGGAGUUGGGAGUAUACCUUAUGCAAGUUUUAUAAACACUGUAAAAAGCGUGGACUAUCCUGACAUAGAAAUGUACCAGAUACACGUAGAGAAAAACGACUCUGAAAGUCUUUUAAACUUUCUAAAUACACUGAGCUUGAAAGAAAAUAUUAUUGAGGAGUUUGUUCAAAUAAAUGAGCAAGACUACACGGUCAUUCUUCUAGCAUCGCUGUUAAGACCAUACAGUAGAGGGAAAAUGUUGUUAAAGAAUUCUGAUCCCAAACAAUAUCCAAAAUUAUUAUCUGGUUAUCUCUCUGAUAGACGGGAUAUCAAUACGUUUUUGAGGUUUUACGAUUUUAUAAAUAAUCUAAUUGAAACCGAUGCAUUAAAAAGUAUGGAUGUCAAGCUUCAUGAACUCAGUCUUCCAAGCUGCAAAAUUCACCAACUUCAAUCUCCAGAAUACAGGGAAUGCUCCAUGAGACAUCUUGUAUCUACGGCUUAUCAUCAGAGCGGUACAUGCAAGAUGGGGCCUGUACAGGAUUCUGGGACAGUUGUGGAUCCUACUCUCAAGGUCCGUGCGAUAAAGAGGUUGAGGGUCGUUGACGCUUCAGUAAUGCCAACCAUCGUCAGUGGAAACACAAAUGCCCCCACCAUCAUGAUUGCCGAAAAAGCUUCAGAUUUUAUCAAACAAACUUGGCUUCACUGAAGUGUGAGAGUAAUAAAUAUGAAAAAAAUUGUCAAUAUAAUUAGACGAUAUACUUUAUCAAAACCACAAUGUGCUAGUUAUAACGCACAUAUAUAGCUUAUCCAUUUUAUGCAAUUGUUUGGAAUGUUGAUUUAUUAUGUCAAAACAAUUCAUUAAAAGUCUAUGUAGCAGCUGAGAAAUAUUAUCUUAUAAAGCAAUAAAUAGAUAUAGAACUAUA